CAUCACAACACCAAGCAACUCUUCAGCCUCAACACCACAAACAACUAUCCCCACCACACAUCUUCCUCCCAAACACCCCCACACUUCAACAUGACUGGACGCGGCAAAGGUGGCAAGGGUCUCGGCAAGGGUGGAGCCAAGCGUCACCGCAAGAUUCUCCGCGACAACAUCCAGGGUAUCACCAAGCCCGCUAUCCGCCGUCUCGCUCGUCGUGGUGGUGUCAAGCGUAUCUCAGCCAUGAUCUACGAGGAGACCCGCGGUGUUCUCAAGACCUUCCUCGAGGGUGUCAUCCGUGACGCCGUCACCUACACCGAGCACGCCAAGCGCAAGACCGUCACUUCGCUCGACGUUGUCUACGCCCUCAAGCGUCAAGGAAGGACUCUCUACGGUUUCGGUGGUUAAGCGCAUUUCAUUCACGGUUUUCAUGUUACGACUUUGCCGCCUCAUCGGUUCACGGCAGGCUUUGGUGCUCGGCGGGAUGGUUAGGGGUCAUGGCCUUGUAUAGUAGGCUUCGGAGUUCACGGUCACAUCAGUCUCAUCAGGAUUGUUUUCAUGGAAUGAUACCAUAAUUCUUCAUC